UGGACGUUAAUUUCAAUAUAGACGCCAAUCAACAAGCAUGACAGGGAGACUUCUCUGGACAUGCUAUAUUGUGUCUGUUUCCAUUGUAAUUCCCUCACGAUGUUUGCCUUCUGCAUUCCAUUGUCGGAUAUCUAAUUCAGAUAUUCUGACACUUGAAGUUCUUCCUGGAGGCGGCUGGGACAAUUUGAAGAAUGAAGAUCGGGCGAGAAUUGUCUUCUACAACUACACAGACUGUAAAGUCACUGAAGAUGGACGAUACCUAAUUCCGGAGAACAUCUUCGUUGUUCCAAGUAAAGCUAGCCAGGUCAAGAUCUAUUCUGAACGAAUUGAUCAUUGGAUGAAUUUCACAUCCUCUACAUCAAAAUCCAUAAACGUUGGUGGACAGGCCAAAAUAGCUGGGUUGUUCUCCAUUGGUGGAAAAUUUUCUUCCGAAUAUGAUGAUGUGAAAAAAAACCAGGUCAAUGAUAACUCAUUUACUCAGCGAACAGGAGCCCAAUACAGACGAUACAUAUCUAAACUCCAGCCAAGUGUUUCUUUAGAUAAUAGUUUCCGCUCCAAGAUCCAAUCCAUUGCUAGCCAUCAUUUAAACGGAAGGAAAAGAUACGCGCGGUACGAGAGCCAACUUUUGGUGCGAGACUUUGGAACUCACAUUAUAACCAGUAUUGAUGCUGGUGCUUCAAUCUUCAAAGUUGAUCAGCUCAAUAACUCGAUGUCAACAAAUGCCGAACUAACAAAAUCAGAAAUUUCUGCAGCAGCUGGAGUUUAUUUCUUUGGAAGAGGGGCAGGUUUUGACCAUGCGUCCUCUGUCACUGAUCAAAUGAUCCAGACAUAUGCUAGUGGACAGACUCAUUCUACUGUUUACACAUAUGGAGGUCAACCAUAUAAACCACUGAAUUUUAGUAUCAAUGACUGGGUCGACGGCAUUGGAAAUGACUUGGUUGCAGUUGACAAGUCAGGAGAUCCACUGCAUUUUCUUAUUACCAAAGAACAAUUUCCAGAAUUACCGGCCUCGAUUCGAGCAAAAACUUAUGAUUCAGUAAAGGCUGCUAUUUCGGCUUAUUACAAGUUUAACACGUACAAAGGAUGUACAGAUAUCAACUCUCCAAACUUUAAUUUCAAUGCCAAUGUUGACGAUGGAACAUGUUUGCCUCCUGGCAAAAACUUGACUAUUGGUGGUAUUUACCAAACGUGUGAAUUCUCAGGCGAUACCGAUGAUUUAUGCGAUCCCCUGACUCUUAAAAACAAGAAAACUGGAACAUUUGAUUGUGGCGAAGGGUAUCAGUCAGCUCUGCUUUAUCAGGGAAAUGUUACCAAAACAGAAAUCCGACAGGUGUGUGAAAGUUACAUGGUUUUUUGGAAGAAAUGCCAUGAUGUCGUAUAUUACGGCGAAGCAUCAUACUCAACAUUCUGGUGUUACGCACACGUCGGUGAUGCGCCUCCACAAUCUGGUUACCUCUUCGGCGGAAUAUAUACUGAAACUGUCGCCAACCCCGUGACAAAGUCACAGAGCUGUCCGCCAAAUUAUCAGCCAAUGUUGGUAACAUCCGACAUGUAUAUAUGUUUGACGGAUGACUUUGAGCUUGGACAAAGGUAUUCUGUUCCAUUUGCUGGUUUCUUUAGUUGCCAAGAAGGUAAUCCUCUUUCUAACCAGUACUUCUCUCCGACAUAUACCUCAAAGUCAUGUCCCGGAGGCUACAGCCAACACCUCGGGACAAUUUCAGACGAGUGUGAAGUUAGCUAUUGCACACUUGCUAAUGCUCUUUUUGGUCAAGUGUCUAUGCCCAUCCGAUUUCCUCCAUUUGUUCACAAACCAAACGAAUGGAACGAAACUGGAAAUUAUAUCAUCAGCAACGAAGGCCAAAGCUGGAGUACUGUUUUCAACGUUCCAGACAACUUUAGUGGAUUUGAUACCAUAGAUAGAGAAUGGAUCGCAAAUAAUGGAGAAACUCUCAGCGUCAAGAAUCUUCUGGACAAGAGAAACAGAGGCCACAGUGAUUUGUAAUGACAUGUUGAUUA